AGCUCAAAAUGGGGGGGAAGAAAGAUUGCGAAAAGCUGAACUGGGAGGAGUCUUAGCUGCUGUCGAAGGCUUCUGUCAAGCGAACCUGCCCGGACAAUCUUAUUUAACUUAAAACAUUUUCUAGUUGUGACAUCCGCGUUGAAGUAGCCAGGUGUAUCCUCUUUUCUUCAGCAUCCACCUCCCUGAAUUUCUCCUGGUCUCCAUAGCAACCAAGAGGGUGGACAAGGGAGGAAGUUAAACCUACUUUCCCGCUUGUCUGGACAGAGAAACACUAUCUUACAAUGUCUGCUCCAGGUUACCCAUCCCCCAACCAGGCUCCAUACCCCAUGCCCCAACCAGGCAGUUACUCCAUGAGCCCCUACCCUGUGCCACAGGGAGGUUAUGGUGAUCCAAGCCAUGCCCCCCCGCCUGCAGGCUUCAACAUGGGCUACCCGCCCCAACCACAACCUGGGCAGCCCAUCAUGUACCAGCCAGCAGGUCAUGGUCCCAUGCCAGAUUACGGAGGUCCAAACAUGGGUUCCCCUGGAGGCAUCUCCCCUGCCCCAGCUCUGGCUCCAGCUCCAGCAUCCGUUCCUGUUGGUGUGCCACCUGGGCUGGAGUACCUAACCCAGGUUGACCAGAUCCUUAUACACCAAAAGGUCGAGCUUCUGGAGGCAUUCAUUGGUUUUGAAACCAACAACCAAUAUGAGAUCAAGAACAGCUUGGGCCAGAAGAUCUACAAGGCCAAGGAGAAGAACGACUGCUGCACCAGGAACUGCUGUGGCGCCCUGCGCAGCUUCGACAUGAAGAUUAAAGACAACACGGACCGGGAGGUCAUCCGCCUCAUACGGCCCUACCGCUGCGCCUCCUGCUGGUGCCCCUGCUGCCUGCAAGAGCUUGAGGUGCAGGCUCCACCGGGCACCACCAUAGGCUAUGUGUCACAGGACUGGCACCCCUGUGUUCCCAACUUCUCCAUUCAAGGGGCCAACAGGGAAACCGUGAUGAAAUUGGAGGGGCCCUGCUUCGCCUGCAACUGCUGCAGCGACGUCAACUUUGAGUUGAAGGGGAAAGAUGGUGGCAAAUCGAUUGGUCGAAUCAGCAAGCAGUGGAGCGGUCUUCUGAAGGAGGUCUUCACCGACACAGAUAACUUUGGUAUCCAGUUCCCCCUCGAUAUGGAUGUGAAGAUGAAAGCCGUGCUCAUGGGAGCCUGUUUUCUCAUUGACUUCAUGUUCUUUGAGAAAGUGGGCGAAACAAACCAGCGCAAUACUGUUUUCUCGUAACGUGGAGAGAGAAGGAAAGUCAAUUCUUGCCCGUUUCCAAAGGAUUUUGGAAUUUGCCAUAUUGCCAGUCCUGGAGUUUUUAUUUUAUACCUACAAAACUGGAGUAUUUGUCUGAUGAUGAUCUGCAGUUUAGCCAAACACAGCCUUCAUGCAGUCUUCUACAUUUGUGUCAAUGGAGAAGUCAGCAACCAGAUUUUGGAUGUUUUUUGUACUGGGUUUCUAGUCCUUUCUACGUAGUGUACUUGUCCAUGUUUUAUUGUAAGGGUUUCAUAUCUAUUAAUUACGUGUGGGGUUCACUUGACACUUAAAUAUUUAUUCUUCAGGUAAACCAGUCACAUGCAUCAGAAUUGUCUUGGAUUGUCUGUUGAAAUUUGUAUCCAUCAUUAUUCGUUCAACUAUUCAAGUGUGUAUAUUCAUCCUCAUUUGUCUUCUGAUGAUGUGCCUCAUGUCUCCCUUUAUCUAAUUAUUCUAUGAUUAUCUAGUUCAUAUAUCAAAGCUAUUAAAGGGUUUACAUGUGCAAUAUUGUAGUGUCAUAGCUGCCGUGUUUGUAGAAUUGCUAAUUACAUGAUGUUUAUACCAGGGGCGUAGCCAGAAAAAUAUUUUUGGGUAGGCCUAGAAAAAUAUGGAUAGGCAUCUUUUCAGUUUUUUUUUUACUUAUUUACUUUGCGAUGUGCACUCUGUGCAUAAUUUUUCGGAGAUAUUUUCGUCUUUAGGUAGGCCUUAGAACAAAUUGGGUAGGCCUGUGCCUACCCAGGCCUACCCGUGGCUACGCCCCUGGUUUAUACACACAUAUAUAUCAUCCGCCCCCAAAUUGUCACCUCUAGUGUGAAGCGGUGGUGCAAUAGGGAGAAUAGGAAAAGAUUUUGACGUGUAGGAAAAUUAGGCAACUGAAAGCAUUAUCAAAGUACUCUUAAGAAGCUGUUAAAUGUGUUUUUGGCUGCUUUACUCUGCUUUACUCUACCUCUUGGCUUGUCUUUCUUUCUGAAAGUCGCAUGUUGCACAUUUCUACUGAGUGCCUACCCAAUGUAAACAUGUAGGCGUUUUCCCAGUCUGUGAGUGCAGUAUGUUCUGUGUAGGUCUACAUUCUGUAUGUAUCUCACUGUGUGUGCCAUCUUAACACCAAUGCAACUGUGCUGGUCGUGCUGUUGCUCUGGAGAAUGGCAAUGGUCGUCUCCCUCCUCUUCUGAGGAUGGGUGGACUACAAGGCAGGUUUGGAAUCUAGGUCAAAAAAAGGAAGGAAAACGAUAGUGACAGAGGGGCGAAUGGGAAGUGAAAAGAAGGAAAAGGACCUAAUAGGGCUUACAUUUCAAAUGAAGGAACUCCCCAUUAGUCGAGGGAUAUGUGCUACUUUCCCUUGUUGGAGUUUAGUGAAACUAGAGAGGACAUGCCGUGACAUGUUUGUGGGAAACGAGUCAAUGGGCUGAUCAGGUCAAGAAGAGCUACAUUGGUGCCUAACGGAAGAAAAGAUGGUUUCAGUGUAAUCUAAAGAUGUUGAAAGCAUAGUUUAACUGUUUAAAGCAGCGUUUGUUUAACCAAGCCUUUGUCACAUGCAUUUUACUUACGCUUGUCACAUCAGAUUUCAUGGUUGUGCCUGUACUGAGGGUUUGGUUAUUUUAUUUCAAAAAGUAAUAACUGAAAUGUUUCUUUUGUUGUUUUUUUCCAGACUUUUUUUGUGUACGUUUUAUUCAACCAUUGCUACUGUUUUAUAAGUCUAUGAUAAAGUUAUAUGUUCUCUGCUUCCAUUUUAGCAUGACCACUAACAAGGAAAUGUCAAAGGACAACAAAAGGAAGUUGUCAGACUUGUGAAAUAUUUGCCUUCUCACCACUCCUGUUUGUGAUAUGUCGGCAUUUGGAUAUGAGGUAAUUGUUCAUUACCUGCUUUGCCGUGCUAAACUUACAUGUAAAUGUUUGUUUAUUCAUACUAUUAAUGUCAAACAUAAAGUGCCAUUUAAAGAUG